GCCAUUAUCGCGCGUGUGUAUACAUAUAUGAAAAUAUAUGAAUUUCCACUGGAUAAAUGAAUAAUACUUAACAAUAAACAAGUGAAUGUAAUAAUGCGAUGCAAUCCGAUGUAAACACAUUCAAUAAAAGUUAGAAAAAAUGGUAGGCAUUUUAAAUGACUCUGACAGCGAAGACGAAUUACCCCCUGGAUGGGAGGAAAUGACAACUAUUGAUGGAAACGUCUAUUAUGUGAAUCAUUAUACAAAAGGUACACAAUGGACACAUCCUAGAACUGGUCGUCAAAAAAUUGUUGAAGGAGAAUUACCAUCUGGAUGGGAAAGACGUGUGACAGAUGAUGGUAAAGUUUUAUUUGUUGAUCAUAUGAAUCGCACAACAACAUACUCUGAUCCACGACUUGCAUUUGCUACGGAAUAUAGAGAAUUAUCUCAACCUGUACGACAGCGUUUUGAUGGAAGUAGUACAGCAUUAGCUGUUUUAUAUGGUCGAGACUUAAGGGGUAAAGUUGCCAUUGUUACAGGGGCUAAUACAGGUAUAGGAUUUGAAACUGCUAGAUCAUUAGCUUUACAUGGUUGCAAAGUGAUUCUUACCUGCAGAGAUUUAAAGAAAGGUGAAGAAGCAGUACAGAAAAUACGACAAGAAAGGGAUAAUAUUACAUGUGAAACAUUACAAUUAGACUUAUCUUCACUACAUAGUGUAAAAAAAGCAGCUGAGGAAUUUAAACAAAAAUAUGGAACUCUUCACAUAUUAAUAUUAAAUGCUGGAGUUUUUGCAAUUCCUUAUGAACUUACCGAAGAUGGUUAUGAAACAACAUUUCAAGUGAAUCAUCUUUCUCAUUUUUAUUUUACUCUUUUAUUGGAACAUCCAAUUCGAAGUUGUCAUAAUGCUAGGGUAGUGGUAGUUUCAAGUGAAUCACAUAGGUUCUCAACACUUCAAACGGUAGAAGAUUUUCAUCAAUUAAAUCUCUCUCCUCCUGCAUAUAAAUAUUGGUUCAUGGGAGCAUACAAUGAUUCUAAGCUAUGUAAUAUUUUAUUUACACAAGAAUUAGCAAAACGUUGGCCUUCUGUAAGUGUAUUUAGUUGCCAUCCUGGUAAUAUGGUGUCAUCCUCAUUGUCUCGUUAUUCAUGGAUUCUGCGAUUCUUGUUCAUGUUAGUGAGACCUUUCACAAAAUCACUGCAACAAGCAGCGAGUACAUCAGUGUUUUGCGCAACUGCGCCAGAACUGGAAGGUGUAACAGGAGUUUAUUUUAAUAAUUGUUACUGUUGUGAUCCAUCAACUACGGCCUUAGAUUCUGCUCUUGCGAGAAGAUUGUGGUCCGUUAGUCAAGAAAUGAUUGUAAAUGUUAUGAAAAAAUACAAACUUUGGGAAACAUUAGCAUUAAAAUAAGAUGUACUUUUUUAAAAUAUAAU